AUGAUGUCUUCACCACUGAAGAGCAGCGCUCCAAAAGACCAGUAUGUUAGUGCAAUAUGGCAAGAUGCCAUCGAUAAGUACUACGAGAAGCUGAAGGACCGCGGGGUUCGUGAGCAUGAGAUCAAUCCACACCCUUGGGACGUUCGUAAUCCUGAGGAGCUGCUUAAUCAAAUCCAACCUUCUAAGGAAGCCACAUCCUCCAAGAGCUGGAUGGACCUGUUGAGUAGACUUAGGCCAAUUCUUGUUAGUCUCAAUGACUUCGCCGCAAUUAUCACCCUAGCCGCGGGGAUGAACAGCCGCCUCGCAGCUGUGAUAUGGGGCUCGAUUCGACUGAUAUUAAAGUUUGCUGAACCUGUGCCUUCGGAACUCUUGGACAUGUUUGAAGAGCUAGGAAGGGCAUUGCCCAGAUUCCGUCGUUACGAGCAAGAACUUCCCUUGACUUCUGAACUCGAGGAGGCCUUGCACACGACCUAUACCGAGAUAAUAUUGUUCUGUGCGGAUUCCAUAUUACACUUUCGGAAUAACCCUAACCCAGACAAGAGCCGGGAGACAUGGAUGACAUUUAGCUCAGAGGUGUCUAAGCAUAUUUCAAAUAUUCGAUUUUACUCGAGAAAGGUUGACGAAACCGCUGAUAUGGUUCGUCUGUCUAGAGGGAAAAAUACUGCUGAUACAGUGAAGGCAAUUGAAAACUUGCAUCUAUCUCGACAGCGCUCAACCGAACUGAAUCUUCCAUGUUUCAUGAUACCCUACGGCCUGAACGUCAAAUUUUUUGGUAGAUCUGCGGAAGUGGAAACUAUGAAAGAAAGGCUUGAUCCUAAUAAAAAUUCUGGGACCUUAAAGAUCAUCGCAAUAUGCGGAACUGGUGGUGUUGGAAAAACACAACUGGCGUUGCAUUAUGCCAACACAGCUACGGACUUAUAUGACGUUGUUGUUUGGAUACCAGGUGAAACUAAAAUAAAAAUGACACAAGCCUUAUCACAAUUUUCUGCAAAGGUUGGAUUACCACAAACAGAGGGUAAUGAAGACGAUUACCGGUCUAUUCAAAUUGUACACGACUGGCUCAAUACAUCUGGGAAAAGCUUUCUUCUUAUAUUUGACAAUGUGGAGGAAAACAAGCUGCUUGAUCAAAUCUGGCCCCGCAAUGUUCAGGGCUCUAUUAUUAUUACCUGUCGAUCACACAAGGUUGCGUCAAAACGAGCCACUGAAGUAAUAAACCUUCCGUGUUUCGAUGCUGAAAAACAAGUGGAUGUAUUCUAUUCUUUGACAGGCCAGCAGCCUAAAAAUGAAACGGAAUCGGCCGCUGCAACAGGAUUACUUCGACUUCUUGGAGGUCUACCUCUUGCCAUGGCACAAGUAGGAGAGUUUAUGGAAGACCGGGGCUAUUCCUAUGAAGAGCUGUUUUCAAUUUAUCAAAAGUCAGCAAAGAAAAUAUAUGCAAGGACCCCAGCACCGGCUGAAUAUGAACAUACUUUGAACACAGUAUGGGAGGUUUCUUUCCAGGAACUAUCCAAUGAAUCCAAAACUUUACUAAAUUUAUUAUCUUUUUUUGACCCUGACUUCAUUCUUGAAUCGAUAAUUUCAGAUCGAAGAGCUGGAAUAACAGAUCCAGAAUUGGAAUUUUUAUACGAUAGUUUUGAUUUUGGAGGUGUUGUGGGUGACCUCUCAAAGGCAGCCCUAGUGAGCCGCUUGUCGGCCCAGAAAGCUAUAUCGAUCCAUCGUCUUAUCCAGUUUACAGUCUUUUCAAGACUAUCUGAAGAGGAAAGCUCACGCUAUUUUAAUCAUGUUAUAAACAUAUUAUCACGCAGUUUUCCUAAUACAUGGAAUCAAAGGUCUCAUCAACAAGGCCACGGUUGGGCUUCCUGGGAGACUUGUAGCACAAUCCUCCCACACGUCAGUUGGCUUAUCCGAUUGACACAGGGGCAUCCAUUCCGGAUAAUCAACCAUGAAUUAUUCGCGGAGCUAGUCUUUCGAGCUGGAACGUACCUGUGGGAGAAGGAACAACCAAUAACCGGAACUCAGUUUCUUGAUUUUGGCUUGGAGCUCGAUAUUAGGCCAUCAACGCCAACCUAUGCACAAGCAUACAGAAUCCUAGGCCAUAUUGCGUUGGACAUGGCAAGGCCAAAGGCUGCUUUGUCUGCAUAUCUCCAGGCACUGAAUAUCAGAGAGCAGCUUCACGGAAAUCGCUCACCCCAGGUUGCGGAUGUUUAUGACUCCAUUGCCUGUAGCUAUACUGAACAGGGAAAUGUUGAUGAGGCUCUCCAGUACCUGCAGAAAGCAGAGGAUAUUCAUAAUGAGAAUAACCCGCUACUUAUGGGUAGGACCCAAGCUAUAUAUGCAUUGACAUAUCUUCGAGGAGACCAGCCAGAGGAUUCCCUUAAAGCCUUGCAUCACUGCUGGAAACUGCAAAAUUUAACGGAGGAGCAGGUGGCUCAGUCCAAGUACCCGAAACAUAGUGGAGACAUUAUGCUUCUGGCGAGAAUCAAGUACGCUCAAGGUUUGAAGCAGGAAGCUCAGCAACUUGCAUCACGGACGAUAGGGAUCCGACAGGGCCUCUACGGAGACAAAGGGCCACGAGUGGCGGACUCAACAUUUAUCGUUGCCCGUAUGCUAGAAGCUGAGGAUGAGGAUACUCUGGCUGCAAAAAUGUUACGCAGCGUGACCGACAUGAGUAGAGGAGUGCCUGAGAUGCAAGCACAUCUUGCACGAUCUCUCUGGUUUUUGGCAAAGGUAGAGGAGAAAAUGGGGAAUAUUGCAAUUGCCGAAAAGGCUAAAAUAGAGGCUAGAGAGGAGCGAGAGAAAGUGGAAGGCAGAGAGGGGAUUGAUGAGGACAGUGACGAAUCCUUUAUGAGCCUUGUUCCUUGGAUGUUAUGGUGA